CUUUUCAAUCAUGUUGACCAUUUCCACUCUGUGAAUAGGCUUUAUUUUCCCUGAAAAACACUCUGCUUAAAGGGAGAACAUAGAAUAGAGGAAAUAAAAAAAAGAAGAUGGAGAACAACCAAAUUAUGAUGAAAGAGAAGCUUGUAUUGUUUGGGAUACUCAAAGAAACCUUAACAAUCCUUUACAAAAAUCCUAGCUUCAUCAUCCUCACCUUCCUCACUUCUCUCCCAUUGUUUUGCUCUUUACUAGCACAUGAAAUCAUCUUCCAGCAAACCCUCAUUGAAACGGCCAAAUAUCGACCACAAGAAGAUUCCUACAAAGUAACAUGUUCCGUUGGUGAUAAUGGUGUGUCAUUAUGCUGGUAUCAGGUGAUUGAUCCCCUAGAUACAAUCAAAGAAAUGAUAGAAAAGGUCACUGUUAGGUAUCUUUUAUUGGGUCUCUCAUAUUUGGGGAUUGUUCACCUUCUUGACCUCUUCAGCACAAUCGUAAUUGUCAAUUCAGCAUCAGUGAUCUAUGCAGGAGAGAAGCGCAUGAAUCUAAAGGAGAGGUGGCACAGAUCCAUGGAAGGACUUGGUUGCCAAAACACAUGGAGUGGAAUGCUAUAUGGAACAUGGGUGUUGUGAUGUCAGUUUUGGAAGAGAAGCAAGGGGAUAUAGCAUUAGGGGUCUCAGCAUAUGUUAGCAGAGGUUGCAGGCGUCGUGGCCUUUUCUUGAUGCUUAUUUUCUUUGUUUGGAGGCUGGCUCUAAGACUAUCAUGCCUGUAUGUGGGAUGGUCUGAGGGAGGAAGUGGAAUUGUAGUAACGGCUGUGCAAGUUAGCUUAGUUUGCUUUGGGAAUGUGCUGAAGUGGGUGGCUUUCAUGGUUUAUUUCUAUGACUGUAAAAGGCGGUUUUUGGAGAAGAAGGUUGAUGUGGAGCAAGGGAGUGCAGCUGAAGCUCUGAAAUAAACUGAAAAAGGCUUCAAGGUAAAAUACAAUGCCUGAUUCCAGAUUGGUUUUGUGGUCUUGGUAUGCUUUUAUGAAAUUAAUUUUCCUACAAGGCACAUAUUUGCUGCAAAAACAUUUUCUAUCAAGUUAGUAUGCUUUGAAUUUAUGGUUCAGAAUGCCAACUCAUGCAAAUUCUUAAGUAGUUGUUGAUUUAGAGGCUGGAUUAGUGGAUCCACAACUGCAUUUACUGUAACAGAUGGGAAAUAUGUAAAAUGAGAUCUAAUACUGUUUGAUGAGGUUGUA